AUGUCAUUGGCAAACUUACUCAAUAAAGAAGAUGAAGAUCCAAUACUUCGUACAACAGCAACAACAACCACUACUGCUACUCCUCACAUGAAUAAUGCAACAAAAGAUGAAAGAAAGAGGAUUUUCCUAGAAGAAUUAAAUAAUAACUUCAAUAUUCUCAAUCAAAGAGAUAAACUAGAAACCAUAUAUCAAAAUUGGAAGUUCUUAAAUUUACAAGAAUUUGAAUUAAUUAACGAAUGGAAUAAUCAAAGCAAAGAUUGGUUCCCUUCCCCUUUUUCUUCCACAUCUCCUGAUGAUCUUCAUCAAAUUAAUGGUGUAGAACAUAAGGUUCCCAUCAAGAGGAAGAAUAAAUCUGUAUAUGAUGAGAUCGAACUCAUUAGAAAUGAAGUGGAAAACUAUAAACUUUAUAAAGAAUCAAAUAAUUAUUUGAAAUCAGGUAUUGCUUCUACUACUGCCGCCACCACCACCACUGCUGCUGCUAAGAAGAAGUCGAAAUUGAAAUCUUCUAAGAGGCAACAAAAAAGUCAAAAGCAAAAAAGUUUGAUUAAGAAAGAUACAAAGAAGAAAUCAAAAAUCAAGACUGAAUUACAAACUCCUUCCACGUCAACUUCAAAUUCCUCUCCUAAUGAUAUUGUCUCUGAACAAGACGGAGAAGACGAAGAAAAUGAAAAUGAUUACAUAUCAGACGUAUUCGAAGAUGAUGAUGAAGACAUCAAAAUAAUUGAUGAUGAAAAUGAUGAAGAUUUCCAGCCAGAAAAUGAAUCCAAAAAAUCAUCAAAAAAAUCUAAAAAUACCAAGAAAUCCUUAGUUAAAAAAUCAAAUGAACCUGUAACUUUACAAAGUGAUAAAGAUUUAAUCGUUCGUGAUUUGAAAAAAAUGGUAAAGAAAAAUAAAUUGUUAAAGAUUAAAAAGAGGAAAUUUACAAGCUGUCUUGUAGUUGACUAUGUCCCUCCAACUCCACCUAUCGAUGAUGAAUCAGAUUCAGAAACAGAAUUUAAUGAUGCAGAGACUCCAUCGCCACCACAAUUGAUCAUGAAAUUGACUUUGAAACAAUUCCAUAUGAGAAAGCUAAAGAAAAUAUUCAAUGAAAGGAAGAAGGCAAAAGAAAAGGAAAUAGCUGAAAAAUUAGCAAUUGAAAAGGCCAAAAAAAUUAGAAAUUGCCAACAAUUUAAAGAAAAAAUUAAAACCAAAAUCAAACCAUCAAAAUCAUCCAAAACAUCAAAAUCAACUAAAUUAAAUGAAACUGAAGAAACAUCAGAUAAUGACGACAUCCAACAGGAUCAUAAGAAACGGAAAUUGAAUGACCAAGAAUCAUCUAUGGCAACAACAACAACGAUUUCUCCAUCUGAACUUUCAAACACAUUAUUGAAUAAAGAAUCAUCAGCUACAAUUCAUGAUUUACCAACUUACGGUAUGAAAAUGAGCGCUAAAGAAGCAAGAGCAAUAAAGCGUCAUUAUGAUAAUACAUACAUUACCAUAUGGAAAGAUUUAGCUCGUAAGGAUUCUGCCAAAAUGUUAAGAUUAAUUCAACAAAUUCAAUCCAUAAAAUCAAUGAAUUUUAAAAAAACUUCAUCACUAGUUGCAAGAGAAUCGAAAAAAUGGCAAAUUAGAAAUUUCAAACAAGUUAAAGAUUUACAAACUAGGGCAAGAAGAGGUAUUAGAGAAAUGUCAAAUUAUUGGAAAAAAAAUGAACGUGAAGAAAGAGAUUUAAAGAAAAAGGCUGAAAAAAUUGCACAAGAAAAUGCUAAGAAGGAGGAAGAAGAAAAGGAAACUAUAAGACAAUCUAAAAAAUUGAAUUUCUUAUUAACUCAAACAGAAUUAUAUUCUCAUUUCAUUGGAAGAAAGAUUAAAACUACAGAAUUGGAAGGUAAUAUGACAGAUGAUCAACAUGCAGCUGCCAUGACAGCUACGGCAACCACCACUACAUCGAACCAUAUCGAUUUGGAAAAAACUGAAGCCAUGAAGAAUGAUUUCCAUUCAAUUGAUUUCGAUAACGAAGAUGACGAACAAUUAAGAUUAAAAGCUGCUCAAAAUGCAUCAAACGUUCUUGCCCAAACUAGAGCAAAAGCAAAGGCAUUUGAUGAUGAACAUAACAAUUUAGCUGCUGCCACAGCUGCUACCACCGCAAGAAGAACUCCAACUCCAAUGGAAGAUAAUAAUGAAGGUGAAUUCAAUUUCCAAAAUCCAACUUCUCUUGGUGAAAUCUCAAUUGAACAACCGAAAAUGUUAGCUUGUACUUUAAAGGAAUACCAAUUGAAAGGUUUAAAUUGGUUAGCAAGUCUAUAUGAUCAAGGGAUUAAUGGGAUCCUAGCGGAUGAAAUGGGGUUAGGUAAAACUGUUCAAUCUAUCUCUGUAUUGGCUCAUCUUGCUGAAAAACAUAACAUUUGGGGACCAUAUUUGGUGGUAACACCUGCAUCUACUUUACAUAAUUGGGUUAAUGAAAUUACUAAAUUCGUCCCAGGUUUCAAAAUAUUGCCCUAUUGGGGGAAUGCAAACGAUCGUAAAGUCCUUAGAAAGUUUUGGGAUAGGAAAAAUUUAAGAUACACAAAGGAUUCUCCAUUCCAUGUUAUGAUUACAUCCUAUCAAAUGGUUGUCUCUGAUGUCACUUAUUUACAAAAAAUGAAAUGGCAAUAUAUGAUUCUAGAUGAAGCUCAAGCAAUUAAAUCCUCAUCAUCAUCACGUUGGAAAAAUUUGUUAAGUUUCCAUUGUAGAAAUAGACUAUUAUUAACAGGUACACCUAUUCAAAAUAAUAUGCAAGAAUUAUGGGCUUUGUUACAUUUCAUUAUGCCUUCACUUUUCGAUUCUCAUGACGAAUUUAGUGAAUGGUUUGCUAAGGAUAUUGAAUCACAUGCAGAAUCAAAUACUAAAUUAAACCAACAACAAUUACGCCGUUUACAUAUGAUCUUGAAACCUUUCAUGUUAAGGCGUGUGAAGAAAAAUGUUCAAUCUGAAUUGGGUGAUAAAAUUGAAAUUGAUCUCAUGUGUGAUUUGACUCAAAGACAAGCUAAAUUGUAUAAUAUUUUGAAAUCUCAAAUCUCAUCAAAUUAUGAUGCCAUUGAAAAUGCAGCAUCAUCCCCUUCUUCUUCGGCGUCCCCAGAUGAAUCAUUAUCUGAUCAAAAUUUAGCUAACGCUGUCAUGCAAUUUAGGAAAGUUUGUAAUCAUCCAGAUUUAUUCGAAAGAGCUGAUGUUGAUUCGCCAUUUGGAUUCGUUGAUUUUGGGAAAACUUCUUCGAUUAUGAGAUCAGAUAAUAAUAAUAAUGGUGACUUUGGUGAAGAAAUAUUUUAUUCUUCUAAAAACCCAAUCACUUAUAAUUUACCAUCAUUGGUAUAUAAAGAAAUAAUCCAACCAAAUUAUAAAAAUAAUAUCGAUAUCAUGGCUAAAUUAUUAAACUAUAAUUUCACUAUUUUCAACCCAAAGAACAAUCUCACAUUAUGUCGAUAUUUAUCAAGAAUAACUUCAUUAUCUCCAAAUGAACUUUCCAAAAUUUCACAUAAAUCUUUGUUAGAAAGGGCCAUCUCUUUGGACUCGGAAAUUGAUGGAUCAAAUUUCAUUGAAAAACUAUCAAUCCUUUUCCCCAACAGUGAUGAUGAUGAAAAUGAUGGCAUCAAAUUAAAAGACAACUUUGAGAAAAACUUAAAAAUUGUUGAUAAAACGAGAAACCUACGAAACCUGUCAAGAACUUGCACUGAUGGAGUUUUACAAUCGCUUUUAAAUAUCAAAGAACAUGUAUAUCAAGAAAACUACUUCAAUUCAUUACAUCGUAGUUAUCGUCCUAACGCAUCAUCUGUUCCCAUUUCGAUUGAAGUCAAUGGUUCAAACCAUUUUUCUAAUCAAAUGGAACGAGAAUUAUUCAAUCCUACUAUCGCACAAGCACUUUCUGAAAUACCACCAAUAACACAAUAUAGAAUGCAUGUUAAGAAACAUAUACCGAUAGAAUCAUUCCCCAGCUCAGAUUUCUACCCGCAGUCGUUAAACAAAUUUUUCACGUCAACAAUCUCUAUGCCAUCUAUGGAUAGGUUCAUUACAGAAUCUGCCAAAUUGAAAAAAUUAGAUGAAUUGCUAGUCCAAUUGAAGAAAGAAGAUCAUCGUGUGUUAAUAUAUUUCCAAAUGACCAAGAUGAUGGACCUAAUGGAGGAAUAUUUGACUUAUAGGCAAUACAGCCAUAUUAGAUUAGAUGGUUCAUCUAAAUUAGAAGACCGUAGAGAUUUGGUUCAUGAUUGGCAAACAAAACCAGAGAUUUUUGUUUUCUUAUUAAGUACAAGAGCUGGUGGGUUAGGUAUCAAUUUAACUGCUGCUGAUACCGUUAUAUUUUAUGAUUCUGAUUGGAACCCGACAAUUGAUUCACAAGCCAUGGAUAGAGCUCAUAGAUUGGGUCAAACUAGACAAGUUACUGUCUAUAGAUUGUUAGUUCGUGGCACUAUUGAAGAAAGGAUGAGAGAUAGAGCUAAACAAAAAGAACAAGUUCAACAGGUUGUUAUGGAAGGUAAAACUCAAGAUAAUAAUGUGAAGACUAUCGAAGCCUCGAAAUUUUGA